CGACGUAUUGUUAGCAAGAAAGCUAACGAGCUACAGACGCUGCCAACUUCUGAUGAAUUCAAGAGUUAUAAUAGGACCGCAGGCAGCUUCAAACGUAUUUAGUCUAAUGAGAGGAUAACCACUUGGGACAGGGAACAAAAAUCCCGAAUGUGGUGAUUUGAAAAUGCAUCCGUGCCCUGUUUGUCCGAAAUCUUUCCCGUCACCAUCUAAACUUCAGAGACAUUAUCUCAUCCACACUGGCCAGAAGCCCUUCGUCUGCACAAUCUGUGGAAAAUCUUUCACACAGUCUGAUCAUUUAAAAACACACUUGCAGAAAGUCCACCACCCAAGGCUUCCAACAGACUGUCUACUACAGGAUGGCAUUGUAACGCAUAACCAACAAGCAAAUAAUAAUAAACCAGCAGCAGGGAUUAACACACGUGGCAGUUGUAAUUACAAUGUAAUGCCUUCGAUUGUGUCAUCUCCUGUGGCCUCCCAGCUGGAGUGGAAAAGAGAAAAUGUGGCUCUCAAAACUGGAAAUCCACCUAAAAAUAUGCCACAUGUAAAUGAUGCCUUGAAGACUCGGAGCAGUAUCUCACAUGUUAUGGAUCCAAUAACUCAGGAGCAAGUUGAUUCUGCAAAAGGAGACGCAUCUGUAUGCAAUGCCCACAAUGGAUACACCUGCAAAGUCCGCUUGAAGUCGUUUACUUCAUCUCCUCACCGUUGGAUUCGAUCUCCAACUCAUAACAAACCAAAACAAUUUGAGAUGAGCAGAGAGUCAGGCCAGACUUUUUCUAAACAGGCCCAUUCGAAAGGGCCCCUGCAGUCACAAGAAUUGAGCUCCAGCGGAAGCAAAAUGACUUUGAAGCACCAGUGUCCUAAAUGUCUCAAAACCUUCUGCUCACCAUCCAAAUUGCAACGGCAUUUCCUUAUUCAUACGGGGAUGAAACCCUACUCGUGCAUGAUCUGCCGGAAAGCCUUCAGACAGAAGGUACACUUGACAUCUCAUUUAAGUGCAGAAAAUGAAUGUUCACUUUCUGUCGGUACUGAAAGGAAAAAGCAAAGGUUUUGUAAUGUCAGACGAGCCUCAGGUCUGCAGCUUCAGUCGUCAUUUCAGCAACGUCCCACCGGCCAUCGCAAUCGUGUGAAUUCCUCAGUGGAACUGGAGCUACAGUGUAAAAUAAAUGUAAAUGCUGUGCGGGACCUGGUCGAGACCGAAAUCAAGUCGGAAGCAGCCAUAGAACCAGAGCAAUCGUUCAAUCAGUCAGAUGAACAGGAGCAGCAACGCUUCACACAGCAGUCCUUGAAACCAUUCCAGAGCAUGAUUUGCAACAGGUCCUUGCAGUUGGAAGAUCCCGUUGACUUGAACAUCAUCGUCAAACCAGAAACAUGGAGCGUGAACUGCAGUGAUUGCAACGACCCUCUUCCUCGGGAUUGUGAGGUAAUCGCAUCAGCAGAACGGCAGAGGGAAACCUGCAAUGCCGCCAGCGAGCGGCAGAAGAUACAUCGCUGCCAUACGUGUUUAAAAUGUUUUCCGUCAGUAUCAAAACUCCAAAGGCACAUGAUGACUCAUACCGGACAAAGGCCCUUUGGCUGUGAGAUAUGUGGAAAGAGGUUUCGUCAGAAAACACACUUGAGGGUCCAUUGUCGCACACACCUGUGGUCUAGAUAUCACAAACAACGAUCAUUGUAUAUCAAUCGGCUGCCUUCUUGCAGAGGUGGGUUCAACAGAAGGAUUGCAGCAGACGUCCCAGUCCAGGAAAUGUUACUACGUAAGGAUUUUGAGACACACACUGGCAGCGAUGUAGUCUCCCUGAAACACCUGGAUCAGACCCCCUCCAUGGUAAUUAUUCAGAAUGACAACCGGGUAUCCGAUACGAUGUUGCCACUUAUCUCAAAGAAAAAUGAGGUUGUGCGAAAGGUUUCCACAGUGAGUGUGAAAAGGACACAUACUGCCAAUUCAAUGCAAAAUCCAGGCAAUGUGCAAUACAAGUGCUUCCAGUGUUUAAAGUGUUUCCCAAGUGCCUCUAAAUUAGAAAGGCAUGAGAUGGUACACACAGGCUUGAAACCAUUUCACUGUGUUUUGUGUGGGAAAGCAUUUAGGCAAGCUUCACAUCUGAAAACCCACGAAAGAACUCACUGUGAGAGGAAACCGUCCAAGCCAGUCAAUCAACAGGAGAACGUUAGAAAAGUGAAAGCAGAUAGCCAACGGCAGCCAAGGAUCAGUGUUCAGAUCCCUCGACAGAAUAUAUCCGUGAACAAAGACGGUACACGUUUAAAUUCUCAUGUUGCAGAAGGUAAUGAAGUGAGUGCAUUGCUGUGCACCAGGCCCGCAAUAUCUAUCACAAAAGUGAACAAUCUCCUUAAGACAAACUCUAAAAGUAACAUAACUUGUAAAAAAAGGAAAGUUCACACAUGCCGAAUAUGCUUUAAGACCUUUGCGUUUCCGUACAAGCUCUCAAGGCACUUGGUCACUCACUCUGGGAUGAGGCCGUACAAUUGCUCCUCGUGCAGCAAAACCUUCACACAGCUUGGACAUCUAAAAGUUCACGAGAACAGAUGCAGACAGGGUGACACGGUCUCACAUUAUAUUCAAGGAGAAAUGAUAAAUACUAACCAUCUCCAGGAUAAAUGCCUUGAUAACCUCAGUGAUUGUACAGAUUUGAAUGUGGAUGCAACAAGAGAGCAGGUGGAGUCACAUUAUACAAGUGUUGGAAGAGGUUCAUCUUGUUUCUCAGAGGCAAUACACACUGAAUGGUUGGCAGGUUCAGAAGUAGGCUUACAAGAGGAGAACAAUGAAUUUGGGAAAAAGCUCAGAGAUGAGAGUUAUCAGGCUUCGUGCAACUAUGAUCCGGCUACAGACCAUUAUUCAUUUCCCUCUGAACUUUCCAUUGAAAUAGAUAAGCUUGUCCAAAAUCAAAACAUGGCCGCUCCACUUUUCUCACAGUAUGAGAGCAAUGCACAUAAUGUAGAAGUAGCAUGCCAACCUACAGGCAACAAGCUGCUUAAUGAUGAACCUGUCACUUUGGUGGUUGAGAAUCAAAUGCAUCCAGACGAUUACUGGUGUGAACCACUGAAUGUGUUUGAAUGUGACGUGUGCUCUGCAAGUCUUGAGAGCGAAAACGAUCUUGAGCAACAUAUUUGUUCGACUAAUGUUCAACCUAAAGUGACAGAGUCAGCUCGGAAGAAUCGUUGUGACAUUUGCUUCAAACAUUUUGUUUCUCCCUCCAAACUUGAAAGGCAUUAUCUUAUCCACACAGGGCUGAGGCCGUUUCGGUGUGACAUUUGUGGCAAAACGUUCACACAGUCAUCACACGUCAGAACACACCGACUGACUCAUUGAUAUUAAUCAACAUUACUGUGUAAUAUUUGUUUUCGGGGGAUGAACUUGUAUUUAUGAUGAUCAUGAUUUGUCAGUAACAUGAUAUUGCACUGUGUUGAUUGUUUCAUGUUAUGCACCACCUGUCAUGU